AUGUCUCCUGUUUGUGUGCGCGUCUGUGUGCUCGUCGUCUGUUUGUACAACGACGCCCGGGGCCUUCGGAGCCCAAGCGCCCGCACUCCAGUGCGAGCGAACAGGCCUGUUUGUUAUCCCAUGCUUUUGCACCGGCACUGGCAUGGCGACCGUAUCCCAACCCAACCAACCCAACCACCACCUUCCCCCCUCUGUGUGUGUCUCUCUAUCAUUGCGUUUCUUUGGCCAAAUAGGCUGUAUGGUGCAUGUGUUUGUGUGCUUGGCAGUUGGCACUCUGGUGUGCAUCUUUGA